UCCAAUCACACAAGAUCGUCUUGUUCGGACGAGUGACACCUCAUCGUUUAGAAUCACUCGGGGAUAUAUGUUCAUCCUUAUUUUCUGAACUUUUCAACAUGAAGAUUCCUUUCCUUGCUUUGGCAUUCCUUGCUGCAACAGCAAAUGCUCAUUUGAAUGAACCAAGGUUUGCUCCAGGGGUGCCCCCGCCACAGCAACAGCACCAUCAACAACCACCUCCACAGCAGCAACAACAACAGUAUCAGCAGCAGCCACCACAACAACAGCAACAACAGUUUCAGCAGCAGCCCCCACAACAACAGCAACAACAGUAUCAGCAGCAGCCACCACAACAACAGCAACAGUACCAGCAGCAACCACCACAGCAGCAGCAGCAACAGUUUCAACAGCAGCAAGUUAAUCAGAUGAAUCAGCAGCAGGUGCCCCCUCCACAGGGAGGUGCACAGCCUGUCCAUGGUGGACACGGUCAUGGACAUGGGGACACAAUGAAGUUCAGCUCCGACAUCCAUAAUGCUGAGCAUGUCAUGGAACAUCUUGAGAACGUUAUUGAAACCAAACCCAAAGACCAGAUGUCUGAAGAAGAACUAGAGUUCCAUUACUUUAAGAUGCAUGACUAUGACAACAACAACAAGCUGGAUGGUGUAGAGAUUGGCAAGGCCCUCACACACUACCAUGCAGAGGGUGAAGCACUAACUGGAAAACGGAAACUUAGUGAUGAUGAAAUUGAAAAGAUUGUCGAUUCUGUCUUGGAUGAUGAUGACUUGGACCAUGAUGGUUAUGUAGAGUAUGUAGAGUUUAUUACUGCUCAGAGGAGAGCCAAGCAUGAAGCUGACAAGGCAGUGCCACCACUUACUGCUCCAACAGACAAUGGACAGGUACAGCAACAAGAACAGCAAGUCCAUGUGCCACAGGACCAGUCCAAGCAGGACGUUGUUGACCAACAGCAACAGCAACUGCAAAAUGAAAUGCAGCAACAACAGCAGCAGCAGCAGCAGAAUGAGCAGCAGUUUCAGGUACAGCAACAAGAACAGCAACAAUUGACUCAGGAUCAACAUCUAUCUCAGCCACAACAGGCACAGGGACAACAAGGUUCACUGGAACAGCAGCAACAGCAACAACAACAGCAGCAGCAACUACAACAGCAGCAACAAGGUUCACUGGAACAGCAGCAACAGCAGCAGCAACAACAACAGCAGCAGCAUCUACAACAGCAGCAAGAACAACAGCAGCAGCAGCAGCAGCAACAAGGUUCACUAGAACAGCAACAGCAGCAGCAGCAGCAAAUUCCUGUAGAACAUGUUCCCGUGCAACAAAUGCAAACUCAAGAGGGAGAACAUGUACCACUUCAAAAUCAAGUUCCUUAGUAAUAAGUAAAUAUCACUUGUGACUUUUUGGGAAUGAGGUCAACCAUUUAGUUUCACACAACAUUUCAUUUUCAAUGAGAGGAAUAUAUCAAAUGUAGUUAGAUUUGUCCCAAUAUUUUCUGCUGCACAUAUACCUUGAAAACCAAAUUGUCAUUCCUUUCAAGAAGUAUAUCAUGUUUUCUGUCUUUAGUUUCUACAAGUGUUUUGUUAUUAGUUUCUGAUGAAUUUCAAAAUGAUCUUGUUGGUGUAAAUAAUAUCAUUUUAAUAAGAUAUAAAAUUACUUGUUUGAUUUAUGUUGCAACUGAAGCAUGGGUUGUUUUAUCAAUGCAUACAUAUACAGUUAGGAUGCAUAAUAUGUACUCUUUAUAUGCUGUUUUCUGUGUUCAGUAUUUUUUAUGCUUAAGAAGUUUAUACUACUUAUAUAUGUUUUCACAACCGUCCAAACAUUUAACAGUCCUUUACACAUAUAUGUUUAUGUAAGAAAGCACUGGUUGGUGUUGACAUUAACAUACUGAUGGUCAUAAGUUGAAGAUGCAUACAUGCUUUAGUCACUAAGAAGAAAGCUCCAUGAACCAGGUCAUCUUCAUAUCCCAACGAAAUAAAUAAAAUAAUGGUAACCUGUAUACACAGUUAUCCGCAGUCUGAAUAUUUCAGUGUUAGUCUGGUGAAUGUAUCCACCAAUUAUUAGGGCAAUGACAACUCUUUAUUCUGUGGACACAGAGCAAUAGAAUCAGUGCAGUGGGAAUCUCGUGACAAUGUCGCCAACUUUGCCCUACAGACAACAAUACAUGAGAUUUAUGUAACUUUUCACUAUAAUUCAGUAUUUCAAAUUUUAGCACACAUAAUUUAAAGUUAUUUGAGCUUAGGUCCUGUUUGUCCCGUGUCCAUUAUUCAUCGUCCAUUGAGUGUCAACCAUCAGAAACAUCUCCUCCUCAGAAACCAGAGGACCAAUGAAGCUGAAACUUCACAUACUUCCUCUCAAUUAAGAUGACGCCCUAAUUUUUUCAUGAGGUUUGACACAACCAGUUUGUUUGAAAAAGUUAUGAUAUUUGGUACAUUUGUAAGUAAUGCUGUGUCUAAACAUGUUCUGUUUUUUGUUAUAUUUUAUAUUUUCACAUUUGCACUUAGACCAUACUGAAAGCUGAACAUCUUUUGGACUUAACUCCACAGCAGGUGAGCUACAGUACUUGUGGCACAAUGUUUCAAUUUGAGACCAUUGGUAUAUUGGUGUCAACAUUUGUCUCCACAUUUACAUUCAUUUUAUAUGUAUAUGAAGUUUAACAUUUGUUACAGUUUGACAGAUACCUGCUUACAUUAAAACUUGUCAAUAAUAUCUGAAGAUAACAAGAUGACAAAAUUAUCAAAUCCAUUGAAGUGGUAACAACUGAUAAGUUUAAAUCAUGUCCAUCUACCUCUGACAAAACUUUUUUUGUUAAUACUUGGUAUGUUCUCUGUUAUUGUAUGAAGGGAUUUGCUUACAUGUGUUACCAAGGUUACUUCAUUUUCUUGAUUUAUGGAAUUCAUCCAAUGAGGCAGGAGAAGACAAAAACAACAAUUGUUAGGGUUUAUUGUUGGUUAAUUUCACUUAAACAGUGAUGGAAACGAAACUUGAACAAAACAAAAUCACAUUUCUAAUCAAAGUGAAGCAUUCUGAUGUUGAAGUAUUUUGUUACUUCCAUGAAACGGGAGUAUGAAAUGAUCUGGCUUUAUUGUUAUCAGUUGACAGUACAACAGAUGCGAUGCCAUGUAUUGGUAUUUACAUAUGAGAGAAAUGGGAGUCAUUGUGAUUAUCUUAUUUGGUAAACACACAACAUUUACAAUGUAUGCAAUACCAUUGAUCACUGAUGGCAAAAUAGCAGUGUAUAUUAUGUAACUAUUGACAUUGUACGUUAUUUAUUGUCAGUGUCAAUACUCUAGGUUCAGUGUAUGUGUGUAUGAUAUAUAUGUCUUGUGAUCCACUGACAGUAACAACACACCACAGGCAAUAGAAACUAUUGACAGUUAGGCCAUGACUCCAGUGUAGUCAUUGGAAAGUCAACACAGAUAAUUUCUUUCUUAAAAUUAAAAUAAAUAUUACGCCAAAUGACGUAAUCCACUAGCAGUGUCACAACAAAUGAUGUCAUGAAAGAUCCAUUAUUUAGGAUUGUUGUUUCUUUUUCAAUAGAUAACAAACAUUUUGACCAUAUUCUGAUAUGCUGUAAUUCAUGUUGGUCUUGAGUUAAUAAUGACUGGUUUCUGGGAUUGUAUUAGUGUUCAUAAAACAGUAAUAACUUUAAGCAUUAUAUUUUAUAACAUAAAGCUGUAUUCAGUAUUUCUACCCAAUUUAUACCAUGAUAAUGGUAAACUCAAAGCAAUUAAAAGUGCAAUAGACCAGUAGUUGUAUAUAUCAGUUUUUUGUUAUACAAAUGAACUCACUGUCAGAUUGGUAAUGUUGAAGGUGAACAUAUGUACACCUGGGAAAAAGUUAAGUACUCCUUUUUAAAAUAUUCUGAACUUUGAUAUUUAUUUUGGAAAUAUCUACAUAUGACAUUAAUCUCAUUGUGAAAAAUGUCUACAAUGCCACUGACAUCUGAUGAAUAUUUGAUAAGAGAAUAUUGAAUAUUGUAUGUUCCUUUCAGAUGGUCCCUAAAACUGGGUCAGUAUUCAAAUAUUAUGCAAAGAAGGAGAUGAAGCAAUUGAGAUGGUAGUCAAAAAAAUAUCACCAUGGAAUGGUUACAAAAAAUGUGUCAUUACAUAACCACUUUCGGUUUUUGUAUGUCAAUAUGAGUACCCAACUAUGUCAACAAAAACAAAUAUGUUUCAUCAGAAAAUAUAUACAUCAUACCAUUUUAGAAUAAAAGUCUAUUUCAUUUGGAAAUAUGGAGUGGUGCUAAAUUAAUUCCUUGUGUAUACUAGUAUCUGUUUACUUAUAGCAGUCAAUUGGGUGAUAAAUAUCCUAAACAUGUUCUUUUUGUUGAUGUAUCUCCAUUUGAUUUCCAACGGUGUUAGUAGUUUACAUGGAAUUCACAUAAGAACAGUGUUGUUGAUAUAAACGAUGACCUGACCGGUCUGGAGAACUGAAGGUGCCUACGAACAAGUAUUCCUUGAACUUUUUAAGACCUUUUUAAUAAAUGAUUAGCCUAUUUAUACGUUUGUACAAUUUAAAUAUAUGUGUGGAUUACAAUUGAUCUGAGCCAAGGCAAAUAGUGUUUGACCUUGCUACUUCCAAAAAAAUGCUUUCUUAUAAAUACAUUCAUACACAACCCCUAUAGUUAGUCAAAUUGGUACUACACAUUUUUUGAAGUGGUUGAAGUCGUACAUCUUUUGGUAAAUCUUUUGUUUGAGAAAGGGCGGUUGGGUAGCCUAGUGGUUAAAGCAUUCGCUUGUCACGCCGAAGACCCGGGUUUCGAUUCCUGACAUGGGUACAAUGUGUGAAGCCCAUUUCUGUUGUCCCCACCGUGAUAUUG